AUGGCGUGUGUCGCGGGUGACUCAGCAAGAGGCGCGGCUGACUCACCACGCACUGGCGUUGCUGUCUCUGCAGCAAUGCCUUCGCCCACUCGGAGCGCGACAGCUGGCGGCAUCCUCCGACGCGGCGGGCUGAAAAGAAUGCCGUCACUCGACAGCAUGUUGCCUGCCUACGCCACGUCAUCAUCCCCUUCCAGCUCACCACUCUCAAUCCCCACCGCUGCCAAUCCACAUGCCACAGUCACCCCUACCGAGCCUCUUCCCGGAGCUGCUUCCACCACAGCACCGCCCUACCCGGGGCUGCUCCCUGUGGGUUCCCCCAUCCCCACUCCACAGCUCUCCCCAGGCCGUUCGCCCAAGGGGAAGCACGUGCGGCGCGUGUCUUUCUGCAGCAUGGUUCGUGUGCGGCGCUUCUCUGCCUGUGACGCUGAUUUAGGCCCGGCUGCCGACGCUGCGAUUACUGCUUUUGCCGAGGCAGAAGCUGCUGCUGCUGCUGAAAGGGCCGCCGCAGAAGAAUCAGCAGAAUCAGCAGCAGCGGCAGCAGGAGCAGCCUCGCAAGCCACUGCAAAGACAGCCAAAGCAGCGGAGGAGGUAAGAGCAGCAAAGGCAGCCAAGGCAGCCGAGGAGGUACGGGAAGCAAGAGCAGCAGAGGAGAAUGUACAGGCCGCUCGUGUCCCCCCUGCUGCCCUGCAUGCCCUGCAGCGGAACAGCCAGAGUUUUGAGUCAACUCAGAAGUUUGCUGCCCAGCAUGCCCUGCAGUGGGGCAGCCAGAGUUUUACCGAGCGGCCGCAUCGCCACUCCCGCUCCCCUUCCUACUCUGGAUCUCUCCACCUGGUUCCCGAGCCUGCAGCUCAGCCUCGGGGCAUUCGCCGAAGCUCCUCGUUUCAGAGUCCAGGCUCGGGUGCGUCCGCAGGCCAGCACAGCAGCUAUGGUCGUCCAAGGCACCAACUAGCUUACCUCCCAUCACACUACCCGUCAAACCACACAGCACACCUCCCACCCAACCUCUCACCCAACUACCACAGCAGCCAGAGCUUCUCAGCAGCAGGACGAAGCAUUGGCGCGGAAGAGAAGAGGGGAGGGCAGGAAUUGCCGGAACUGGGAGAUGUGGGGGUUGGGAGUGGUUCCGGGGAGUUUGAGCUGGAGUUGAGACUUCCUGUGCCGCCCAAAAUGCCUUUCCCCAGACUGUCCCCCUCGCCGCGGGUGCAGAGGCUGCUGCAGCAGAUGUGGGGUGAUUUGGAUGAUGGGGAUGAUGUGUAG